AAAUACAAUAAAAUGGCAAAUGUUGGAAAAGUUUUGGCUACAAUCAAAGCAGUGAUCACUCGUUUAGUUUUCGCCUGCCACGGGAUAAUAGCAAUAUGGCAAGUGACUGUUUUUAAAAAAGACAUAGAAUACUGGUAUUUGGCCACUCCGAUAUUGUUGCUGAUAUUUGAAGGAAUUUUCACGCUUACUAUAAAAGAGAAUCAGGAGUGGAAAUGGUUCUGCCCAUCAGUAUUUAUCUACCUAGGCCUCGUGGUGCCAGCAAUAUGGCUGCUAGAACUACACAAGGUGGACAUGCGGCGCGAGGACCAGCAGAACAGCGUCACCACACCCUCGUCUUACGUCGAGACCAACUUCCCGAACCCUUUGAACACCAAGAUCGAUACAGACAUGUGGGUGACCCUGAUCGAGCAGUUCCUUAUGCUAACCCUGAUCGUCGGCCGCUGGCUCCUGCCCAAAGGUGACCUGACGAGAGACCAGCUCAGCCAGCUGCUUUUGGUGUAUAUUGGCACGGCGGCGGACAUAAUCGAAUUUUUCGAUUCCUUCAAAGACCAGAAGGUGGCGUCAGAGAAAGUCCUGGUCCUCUUGACCCUGGCCAUCUGGUCGUGGUCCCUGAUGCAGUUCACCGUCGUUCUGACAGCCACCAAGAGCAGGAAGUCCCGGGGGACAGCCAAUAGGUCUGAAAUAAACAGCCGCGCGUGUUGCUGCUCCAUCGAAGUGUGCGCCAUCAUCAUGAACAUAGCGCUGCAGGACGCCCCCUUCCUGGCGUUCAGGCUGCUCAUCAUCUGUCACUACAAGAUCAUCAACUAUAUGAACAUCUUCUUCACUUGCAAGAACACUUUGGUACGUACUUUUGAUCUUAAAUGA